AUGGGAUCAGCUAUAUCAACAAGAAAGAGAAAUAAAAAAGUUUGUUAAAUAUAGUUAGCUGAUAUAACUACAGCUAUUAUAAUAGGAAACCCUGAAGCUAUUAAACUAUUAAAAGAAUUCCCAAAUUGGCAAAAAUAUCAUUUAAGGCAGGUAAAUAUAAAGCAGAGCGACUGGACAUUUCUUCAUCUAGCUAGCUGGUAUGGUCAUUUUAAUCUAGUCAAUGAAAUGAUUCAUCAUGGAUGCGAUCCAUCUUCAAUUGAUAGCGUAAAACCUUAUUAAGAAUUAUGAAACUCCUCUGCAUAUUUCAGCAUACAAAGGAGAUAAAAAAACAACAGAAAUAUUGCUAAAUUUUAUACCAGAAAUUACUGAAAAUAGGGUAUUAGAUAAGUAGGACGGAAAAACUCCUCUAUUAAUUGCUCAAGAAUUGGGCCAUACAGAGGUCAUAGAGCUGAUCCAAGGGUAUGGAAUGAGAAAACUGUCUAAUAAGAAAAACUCUAUAAAUAGCAGCGAAUUUAAAAAACAGGUAAACAAUUUUGUGAUUCCUCAAUAA